AUGGAUUCAGAUAAUAAUAACAAUCAGAAUAACAGCUCAUCUUCAAACGAAUGUAUAGUUUUAACUUUAUCACCUGUGCGCUCAGCAUCUUCAACAGGCGCUGAAACACCUACACUAACAACACCAAAAAUAAGAUUAUCAAAAGUGGAAUAUACACAGCGAAAAUCUGAACGAGAUGCUAAAAAAGCAGAAGAAGAAGCAAUUAGAGCCGAGAGAAAACGUAUACAAGAAGAAUUAAAAGCAAAGAAAGCUGAAGAACUUCGAUUGGAAAAAGCACGAAAAGCCGAAGAAUUGCAAUUAGAAAAAAAUCGUCGAGCUGAAGAGAAAGCUCGAAAACUUGAGGAACUUCAACAAGAAAAAGCGCGUAAAUUAGAAGAACUUCAACAGGAAAAAGCGCGCAAAGCAGAAGAACUUCUACAAGAAAAAGCUCGAAAAGCUGAAGAACUUCAACAGGAAAAGGCUCGACGAGCUGAAGAAAAAGCACGAAAAGAUGCAGAAAUUGCAAGUAAGAAAGCUGAAUUAAUGCAAAAGAAAACAGCUGCACAAAAACCAAUGACAAAUACGAUGAUUAAAUAUUUUAAACCAAUUGAUAAAUCUGCACAAAAAGAUACACAAUCAUCAACAACAAAUGGCAAUAAUAUUAAUCAACGAUGUACAGAUGAUUUUGAUCAAGUGGUUUCGAAACAGGAUAUGAAUUUUGUAUCGGAUAUAAUAGAAAAUUUAAAAUCAAUGAAAAAAAUUGAUAUUGAAAUCAAUUCACGUCCACGUUUAAACAGUGAUUCAAAUAGUAGUCAAUUGCAAUGUUUAACAACAACAAUGAAUAAUCCAUAUGUGAUAAAAACUCGAUAUAUUCAUUUUCCAGAAAAAUAUUUUAAUCGUCCACCUUAUUAUGGAACAUUUAAAAAAGCUUCGAAUGCUAAUAUUAAUCCAUUAAAACCAGAUGCGCCUAUUGAUAAUAUUGAUUAUACAGUUGAUUCCGAAGGUGAAUGGGAAGAACCAUGUAAAGAUGGUGAAGAAAUUCGUUCAGAUGCUGAAGAUUUAAGUGAUGCUGAAGCAGUAGAUAGUGAUAGUGAUACUGAUUCAUUUAUUGUACCGCAUGGACAUUUAUCAGAUGAUGAAUUAAAUGAAGAUGAACAACAACAGUCGACAUCAACAAAACAAGCUCGUGAAGCAGCUAAAUCACAUAUAUGGGAUAAAAAAGUAGCACGUCUUAAUCAACAACGAGAAUUAAAACCUAUAUUUGGUUGUAUUUAUGAUCCUAUAUUGGAUGAAAAACUAAAAUUUGAAUUAUCAAAUUAUCUUCAUCAAUUUCAAAAAAUUCUUGUACCAAAAGAAAUUUAUCAACCAGUAGAACAAGAUGACAAAGAACAAGAAAUUAAUAAUGAAACAAUUCCAAAUGGUGAUAAACCAAAAAGAGUAUCAAAGAAGAAAUCAUUAGCGUCGAAAAAAGGUUUAACUACUGAACAACAACCACUAAUUAAUCCUUUAGUGGUAACACCAACAGCUAAACGUAUUAGUUCAGUUUCCAUUUUAGUUGAAGGAGCAUCACCAUCAAAACGUCGUAAAAUGAAUUCUAAUGAAAAUUGUUCGACGAUUGAUGAUACUGAUGUUGUUAUGAUUGAUACUGAAACUAUGAAUGCAUGUAAAACAAAUGUUUUAGAAGAUUCAAGUAAUGUUACAGAUAUCAAAUCAUCUCCACUAACAAUUAUUUCAAAUGACGAAGUUAAACUUGACAGUACACCAAUAUGUACACUUCUUAUACCAAAACGAAAACAACCACCUGUAUAA